GAAGAAGAAGAAACCCGGAAGCGCGGCUGUCAGUUUUAUAACAGUCAACCAGCAGCUGGACUCUGUGGAGCGGAGCUGGUGGAUUCGUUUCCAUGUGAUAACCGGCCAUAUGGAACCGCCAGAGUCAGACGGGGUGGAUGCAGCCGGGCCCUGCCCAGAACAGAGCCCUAAGCCGGAGCUGUCUCCAGCGAUGCGCGCUAAGAUCGAGAGAAACCGCCAGCGCGCCUUGCUGCUCCGACAAGCCCGACUGGCGAGCCGCCCUUUGUCCGCCACCGAGGGCGCAACGUCUGCCAAAGUGUCCAAGACAGUGGACUCUGGUGCCGGCUUCUUUAUCGAGGAGGAGGAAGACGGGGAGACGGAGGAGAAAGCCAGGAAGGUGGUGCAUCAGCCAGCUCCGGUCAUAGAGCCAGACUACCUGGUGUGCGACGACUGUGAAAAGCCCUUCAUGGACUCCUACCUAAGCAACAGCUUCGACCUGUCGGUGUGUGACAAGUGCAGAGACAACGAGGAGAAACACACGCUGAUCUCUAGGACUGAGGCCAAGCAGAGCUACUUAUUAAAGGACUGUGACCUGGACAAGAGGGAGCCACCACUCAGGUUUAUACUGAAGAAAAAUCCACACAACCCACGCUGGGGGGACAUGAAGCUCUACCUGAAACUACAGGUGGAGAAGAGAUGUAUGGAGGUGUGGGGAUCAGAGGAGGCUCUGGAGGAGGCUCGUGAAACCAGGGAAGAAAACAAAGAGCUGCAGAAGCAGAAGCGCUUCAACAAGAAAGUCAAAGAGCUGCGCAGGGCAGUGAGGAGCAGUAUGUGGACCAAGGACACCAGUGUUCACCAACAUCAGUAUGGACCGGAAGAGGUGGUGGAUCCUGAGGAGGACCUCUACAGGAAAACCUGUACUACCUGUGGACAUGAACUCACCUAUGAGAAAAUGUAGACUCACGCACACACACAUCUGUUACAUUGCAGCAUGUGUUUCAGUGAAUCCUUUCUCCUUCCAGUGUGUCUCUGCACAGUAAUGACAACACUCCAUACUGAUCAAAAACAAGGGCCUAAAAGCAGUGCGAGUCUGCAUCACAAAAGGAAGUAAUAAUGUGUAUUUGACUGUAACAAACAUUGGAUCAAAGUUGGUGAAUAUUUUUACCAAUAACACGACAGCUUUUGCACCCACUGUUGCCUCACCACGGUCUCUGUUGCGGUUUAUUUCUUAUGUAGGAACACUCACUAUUAAAAUGUGUCUCACUUUUCAGUGUUUAAGGUCUAUGGCCCUUUAAAAAAUGUGAAUUGAAUGAUGCUAAGUUAUAAAAUGUCUACAGACAGGUUUGCUGUAGUCAGUUCAUCUGCCAUCGCCGUUUGUGGCCUGAUCGACUGCAGUCUUGACUGAUGUAAUACAUAAGGUAUUCUGUACCACUCUUUAUGGUUUACUCUUCACUCCAUAGCAUUAACUUCCACCUACUGUGUCAGUGGAGAGGUGUGGACCUCAGUGUGAUGGCACUGAGAAACGGCCUCACAGUGAUGCUGUGGCAUUUGCUCAGGACUUAUUUUGAUAAUUUCUUAAAUGACGUUGAGACUGACAAAAACAAAUCUUUGUAAUAUGAAUUUAUUUGAUGUAAAGGUUCACUGAAUUGUGAUGCUCAAUUAAAUGUAUUUUUAUCUAGUUCAUAA